GACUCAGAAACAAGCUGGAAGAGUGAACUACAAGAGCUGCCCGUCAGUUUUAGCGUGAUGUGGUUUCUCCUGGCUUUUGAACUCAAUAGAAAAUUCCCGAGUACAACAAGCUGUAAAGAGUUCAUGAUGUACCCGCAUCUGGCAGAGGGUUGGUGAUGCUGUUCGUUGACACGAACCACUUCCUUGAGCAUAAUAGUCAUCUUCUAGCCUAAGAGCCUGAUUGCUUCGUUCCUGGAAAAUCGGAUUUGGGUCGAGCGACUUCUGGGCACAAUAAAAUUGUCGUUCAUUUGCAGAACCCAUAAAAUUUGGAAAUGGUAGCAAGUCCCUGAUCUUGCUGUGAAGAGGAAGUCAAUUAUGUCUCCCUAACCAGAAAAAAAUCGCAUCCACUUUCCAUGCGAGGGACCUGGAUAAGAAGAAUCUUUCUCCUAUGUGUUCUCGGAACACUUCCUUAAGGCUUUCCUGCCGCUUACGAAAAUGCGCACUAACAUUAAGGUUUCAUCGAUGCAGCCGAAUCUUGACUCCUACAAUAAAGCCACUAUCUUCAACGAAUAUGAUUUCUCUCCACGUUAGGGAAUGGGCUACGCUUAGCUUGUAGCUUGAAAUCCACACUGUGGGCUUUACAGACUCGGUGAAUGAGCUCAUGACCGUCAGUUGGGUGACAUGUGCCGAAAUUACCGAGGUUAUUAGUGGGCUUGAAAAGCGCAUUACACGGACUCGACGAGUCUAAUCUUUCCAGUAUCGGGACGGUUUUGUGCGAUCUUGAAGGUGAACCCGUCUUCUUCAGUCCUCCCUUCCACGCGGGUUUCACCGCUGAUAUCUCUCAUGGGGCAUCGGGCAAGAACUUGGUUCAGAGCUUCGCCAGCUUUUCUGCAAGAG